GGGUACAGAGUAGAGCCGGGUAGACGCAUACAAGGAGGCAAGGAGACCAAGAGAAUCGUGAUAAACAUGUUGAACCCCAUGCUACCCGAUGAAGUGGCUGUGAAGCAGGUCCCGAGGCAGCACUUCUAUGGCGUGAAGGAACUGUUUGCCUUUCGACACUUCCAAGGCAUUGUUCUGGCGCGCAGAUUGCACUACGUCGCUCAGGUGUGGAACGUGGUGUGGUCGACGCUUGUGCUUUCCACGGUCUUCAGGGAGGGAAACCCGCUCGCCAUCAUAGUCGCGAUCAUCAUUUACCCCAUCUUCGUCUUCUACAUGGCCUGCUUCCUCCGGCUCAUGUCCGAGCUGACCGUGUCCGUGCUGCUCUUGCCGAGUCUCCUUGCAAAGAGCCAAGGAAACGGAGGGAGAGGGGCGGUGGCAGAGCCCGUCGGCGUAGGCGAUGCUGACUUGGCGGCGUACGGUGUUUCUGGUGUUGACGGCGCUGGCACGAUAGUAUGACACCGGGAAAGAUAAGUAAGGUCCUGUAACCGUGUCGGAGGUUGUAUGAAUAGGGGCCCCGUGGCAUCAUCCUUUUUCUCGGCGAUGUUUGUUGCGUCCAGGCGACCCCAUGUUCGCCUGCUGCAAGCAGUAGUAGUGACGCGAUGCAACUUUGUGCCUCCACAGCAUUAGGGAGCGAAAUGCGUUCGGUGGGUUUGGCUGCUUCUCGUGAAGUGUUGGCUCUAGGGUUACCCAAUCGGUGUGUACUUCGCAAGUCUAUCGGUCAAAGCAGGCAUUUCACCGAUGAUGCUGAAGAAAUGCUUCGGCCCUUCAUCUGUUCCUGGUGGGACUGGCACUGCUGUCGGUACAUGUCUUCACAGGUCACAGCAGAAUCGGCCUUCUUGCGCUCUUGUGCUCGCAGGAGGGGGAAACAGCGUGUUUUAGUAUAGAAUCAGAGUUAGGGCUUGCGUCUGCGUGCCCCCUGCCUGUUCUUUUUUUAUCAAUAACCAGAAACGGGUA